AUGAAGCAUGCAGUGCACGCUUUGGCACAAAGGAACGCCGAGGUCACCCCGGGUAACUCUGAGGCCAGAGAAGUGGACAAGGCCACCGUGAGGCACAAGGGCCGAUACACGAAGAUGAAAACAGCCACUAACAUAUACAUCUUCAACCUGGCCCUGGCAGAUUCUUUGUUCCUGGCAACUCUACCUUUCCAGGGAACGGAUGUGUUUCUGGGCUUCUGGCCAUUUGGAAAUGCCCUGUGCAAGACGGUGGUGUCUAUCGACUACUACAACAUGUUCACCAGCACCUUCACGCUGACGGUGAUGAGCAUAGACCGCUACGUGGCCGUCUGCCACCCCAUCUAG